AUGGGUCAAAUGUCUGAGAUGGUCAGCAAAGGGAAAAGGAAGGAAAGCUAUGCAAGCUCUUCUACGACAGCAUUGUUAGAGAUCCAGGAAAAGCUUAAAUCAGCUUGUCGUAAGAUAGCUGAACAAGACGCGGAUAAUGCUCGUCGUGAUGAGGAGCAUCGGCAAAGUCAAUCUCGGAUCUCUGAAAUGGAGAAGCUGAUCGCGUUUAUGAAGAACAUCUAUCCCCGUCUCGCAGCUUUCAUGAGCCAAUCCCUUGUCUUGGAUUCUUCACCAGGGAUCACACCAAUCACUGUACCAGCGACCAUACAACCUUCUGCAACAGGCAGCACCCUGCCACCUAACCCAAUCUUUCACUCUUUUUAA